AGAGGAAGGCUGAUCGAGUCAUUGCAAGCUUUAUGUCAGCACAUCGUGGUGGGUCACCAAAUACUUGGGGAGAGAGCUGGUGAGCUCCGCCUGUGGAGUUCUCGUGAUUCGUCUCGUCUCUUGAAUCGGCCCAUCUCUUGUUUCGAGGAGGAUGAAGUAGAGUUCAAUGGAUCAAAACGAUGGAAUCCAACGGUCGGACGCAUGAUAACCGGGGACUCGCAUCACAUCAGCUUCUCGGGUCCCAUGGCGUGAGCCCUCAGGACCGCAAUGGUUUUUACCGACGGGGGGCGUGUCAUGCGGGCCACCGCGGCAUUAAUGCCCUGUUUGAAGUAGCAGCAGCUCCUCUCUCUUCCUUUAUUAUCUGCCGCUACCUUUCACGACACCGUCGAGACGGAGACAACCAGACGUAUAUAUUUCAAAGAUCACACCGCUGCUGCUAAAGACCAAAGGAGUCGAGAGAAAGAGAGCUGCCCUCUUUCCUUCUUUCUCUCUCCCUCUCUUUCCUUCGUUUGCUGGUCUCUUUCAGUUUACGCCUCAGUGGUAUGCUCGUCGAGGGCAGGAGUGGCCAGGUGUGUGGCGUGUCUCAGAGAUGGGAUUGGAGGUGUGAGAAGCUUUGAAGAUGAACUCCGGCGAAGAAGUUUGGUCGAGGAUGGACGUGGAGAGACGGAAUCACCCUCCACUCGUUGAUAGCUCAGCAUGCCUCUGUAGAGUAGAUGGUGGCUUCAAGACAGUGACGGGAGGCAAGAAAUAUGUCCCCGGCAGCAAGCUCUGCGUUCAGCCCAAGAUCAGAACGUCGAUCCACCCCGUGAGGUCGAAGCCAGGGCUGGAGAGGAAUCGCUGCCAGUCUCCUCUGCUGCCCGGCCUCCCCGACGACCUCGCCAUCGCCUGCCUCAUCCGCGUGCCACGGGCCGAGCACCGGAAGCUCAGGCUGGUCUGCAAGAGGUGGCAACGCCUCCUCGCCGGGAACUACUUCUACUCACUCCGCAGGAGCCUCGGCAUCGCGGAAGAGUGGAUCUACGUCAUCAGAAGAGAUAGGGAUGGGCGGAUAUCGUGGGACGCCUUCGAUCCCAGGUACCAGCUCUGGCAUCCCCUGCCUCCCAUCCCCAAGGAGUACUCCGAGGCCACCGGGUUCGGCUGCGCCGUCUUGAGCGGCUGUCAUCUGUACAUCUUAGGGGGCAAGGAUCGUCGCAAGGGAUCGAUGCGGCGCGUCAUCUACUACAGCGCGAGGACCAACAAGUGGCACCGCGCGCCCGACAUGAUUUGGAGGAGGCACCUCUUCGGCUCUUGCGUCAUCAACAACUGCUUGUAUGUUGCCGGAGGCGAGAACGAAGGCGUUCACCGCUCGUUCGGACCGGCGGAGUUCUACGAUCCCAACAAGAACCGGUGGACGUGCAUCUCCGACAUGAGCACCGCGAUGGUCCCCUUCAUCGGCGUCGUCUACGAGGGGAAGUGGUUCUUGAAGGGGCUCGGAGCCCAGCGGCAGGUCAUCUGUGAUGCCUACUUCCCGGACACGGACCGAUGGUGCCCGGUGUUCAAUGGCAUGGUGACGGGAUGGAGGAACCCAUCCGUCUGCUUGAAUGGUCAACUCUACGCUCUCGACUGCAAGGACGGCUGCAAGCUGAGGUCAUACGACGCAUCCACGGAUUCGUGGAGUAUACAUAUCGACAGCAAGCUGCACCUGGGGAGUUCUCGAGCCCUCGAAGCAGCGGCUCUGCUUCCUCUCAGGGGGAAGCUGUGCAUCGUCAGGAACAACAUGAGCAUUACUCUGGUCGACGUGGAAGCGAAGGAUAGCGGAGACCUGAGGUGGGAGACGGUGGCAGGGAGAGGGCAGCUGAGGACCUUUGUCACCAACCUCUUGUCGAACAUUGCAGGCCGCAGUGGUCUCAGGAGUCAUAUCGUUCACUGUCAAGUACUACAGGCUUAGAACACAAGACAUGCAAGAAGGCAAGGGGACUCCAAUGAUCUGUUCUUUUUCUUCUUCCUUUGUUCCUCUCUCUGUAAUAAGUGAUCAGCGUUCUAGCAGAUUAGGACAUGUUCAGCUGCCACAAAAGAAGUUGCAUGUAUCCUCUACAAUCUGAGUCAUAAAUAAUUUCGAAUCGAGAAGAAACUCCAAGUGU